GCAGAAGAAGUCAGCUAACACUGUAAACAAAGCUGAGCCGACAAACUGCUGAAAAACUGCGAAAUCUGGACAAAAAGACAUGAUUUCUAACACCUCUGAGCGACAUUUAAGACUCUGACUUCUCUCUCCGGCUUCAGACUGAGCCCGUGUCCGGCCCCGGAGCUGCCAUGAGCCGGCCUGCGGUCUGACAGGAAGAUAAUGGCUGCAGAGCUGUUUCCCACUAAGAAGCUGGUCCCCUCCUCGUCCAUCCAGCACUUCCAGCAGCAGAAUCUGACCAACAACAACAUCAGCGCCGCCGCCGCUCCGGGCUGCUGCAGCUGGCAGGGCCUGUACCCGACCAUCCGGGAGAGGAAUUCAGUCAUGUUCAACAAUGAGAUGAUGGCGGAUGUUCACUUCGUGGUCGGGCCGCCCGGCGGCACGCAGCGAGUCCCGGGACACAAGUACGUCCUGGCCGUCGGCAGCUCCGUGUUCCACGCCAUGUUCUACGGAGAGCUGGCGGAGGAUCAGGACGAGAUCCGGAUCCCUGACGUGGAGCCGCCUUCGUUCCUCGCCAUGUUGAAGUACAUCUACUGCGACGAGAUCGACCUGUGCGCGGACACAGUGCUCGCCACACUCUACGCUGCCAAAAAGUACAUCGUGCCUCACCUGGCGCGGGCCUGCGUCAACUUCCUGGAGACCAGCCUGAGCGCCAAGAACGCCUGCGUGCUGCUGUCUCAGAGCUGCCUGUUCGAGGAGCCCGACCUGACGCAGCGCUGCUGGGAGGUCAUCGACGCGCAGGCCGAGCUCGCGCUGCGCUCCGAAGGCUUCUGCGACAUCGACGCCCAGACGCUGGAGAGCAUCCUGCGGCGGGAGACGCUCAACGCCAAAGAGAUGGUGGUGUUCGAGGCGGCGCUAAACUGGGCGGAGGCCGAGUGUCAACGACAAGACCUGACGCCGACCAUCGAGAACAAGCGUCUGGUGCUGGGGAAGGCCAUCUACCUGAUCCGCAUCCCCACCAUGGUGCUGGAGGACUUCGCAAACGGAGCGGCGCAGUCCGGCGUGCUCACGCUCAACGAGACCAACGACAUCUUCCUGUGGUACACCGCCGCCAAGAAGCCCGAACUGUUGUUCUGCACCAAACCUCGAAAAGGCCUGGCGCCGCAGCGCUGCCACCGCUUCCAGUCCUGCGCCUACCGGAGCAACCAGUGGCGGUAUCGGGGCCGCUGCGACAGCAUCCAGUUCGCCGUGGACAAACGCGUCUUCAUCGCCGGCUUCGGCCUGUACGGCUCCAGCUGCGGGUCGGCCGAGUACAGCGCCAAGAUCGAGCUGAAGCGUCAGGGCGUGCCGAUGGCGCAGAGGAUCAUCAAGUACUUCUCGGACGGCUCCAGCAGCACCUUCCCCGUGUGGUUCGACUACCCGGUGCAGAUCGAACCCGACACCUUCUACACCGCCAGCGUGGUGCUCGACGGCAACGAGCUCAGCUACUUCGGCCAGGAGGGCAUGACGGAGGUGCAGUGCGGGAAAGUGACCUUCCAGUUCCAGUGCUCCUCGGACAGCACCAACGGCACCGGAGUGCAGGGAGGCCAGAUCCCCGAACUCAUCUUCUACGCCUGAGCCGGGCGGCACGGAGGGCGCCGCCGCCGCCGCAGAGAUUCCUGCUUCACUGCCAUGGAGACUUUUACUUUGAAAGCGUGGAGACGAGUCCUCGGGAAGCUGCUUUUGGAGGACGGACUCCCGGAUUUACUGCCGAGCCUUCGAGGCCAUUUCAAGAAGUCUGAAUCCUCACAUUCCUUCUGUCGAUGUUUUCGUUUCCCGGCAGCUGUCGUCGCGUCAUCGUUGUCUUCGUAAAGCAGGACUUUAAACAAACCUGCGAGUUAUCGGUCGCCAUUGGAUACAGCGAUAAAAUCGUGAUAUACGUUGUUUUAUAUUGCGAUUAUUGAUAAGAAUUAAAUACAUUUUCCAGAAAAGUAAAUGUGUAAACUGCAUACGAGGAUGAAACAUGGAGACUCUGAGACUGUCGGAUGAAUUAAAGUGCUUCAUCACAGUGAUGCAAAUAUCGUAUAAAAAUCCAAUAUUUCCAUAAAGCAGUCUGUCCGUAAUGUCCCGAACACAGACGUUUAACGAGAGUUAACGUGUUCAAACUGCAGUAAAAUCGACGUGUUUUUAUCCAAAGAAGAGUUUUCUGCACCCAGACGGCGACUGCCAGGGUUCCCGGUCACCGAAAAUUUGGGGAAGUCAUGAAAUUAGUAGAAAUCUCGUUUUUUUGUGCGUGCAGGAAACAGUUACAGUAAUCUCGGAACAUGACGGCAAAUUUAUUUAUGCAGCUUUCAACGUAACGUAGCUCUAAUAUGCGCCGCUGUGUGACACGACAACAUCGCGUGAAUUUUUUUUUCUUUAAACAUUUUUGUUGAUUUUUUUUCUUUAAAAAAAUAUGGAUUUUUUUUAGAAAAAAAAAUUCAUUUUUCUUAAUUUUUUUUCUUUCAUUUUUUUCUUUUUAGAAAUUCAAGGAAAUAUUCUCGUAACUUAUUUCUUGCUUAUUUUUUAGGUACUUUCUUUGGUUGCUCAUUUCCUUCUUUCCAUGUUUUUGAGAAAAGUUACGCUAAUUUGCUCGAGUUUCAAAGGCUUAAUGAGCAACAAGCGGCGCGAACAAACGCAUCGAAUUAAUUACAUUUGAAAAAAAACAGCUGCAGUCUGUUUGACGCAUCGUUGGCGCCGUCGUUGUCUCCGCGCAGAAACCAAGUUUUCAGUUUCUUGCCAUGAAGAGAAAGUUUUCAUAUCUAUGAGAGAAACACGAGACGUGAAAAGUUGAAUUUUUGAAGACGUGGAAACAUUCCUGUUACUGAAGGACCGUAAAACGUGUCGUUUCCGGUUGUUUUUUUGGUAUUUAAACUGACUGACACACUCUUAUAUUUGUUAUCUGACAGCUGAAAACGUCCCGUCUGUUUUUAUACUCGAUUUCACACAAACUGUCGCCCUCCUCUGGUGCUCCCGCUUCUUCUUCUGUGGUGAUUUAAAGGGACAUUUCACCCAUAAUCCACCUGAAACUCUUACCUGUGCACCUGCAGCCUCACAGCUCACCUGGGAGGAUUUCAGCUCUAAUAACGUUGAUCUUUUUUUGUGUUGCAUUGUCUCAGACGUCGCUCCUACUGUCUACAGCUCCUGUGCUUUUAUUUUGAAAAACCUCGUUUGUUUUCAUGCUGAGUUUGUGUUUCGUUACUGUCGUGUAAAUAUUUCGUGUUUCGUGUGCUGACACACUUCUUCGUAUACUCUCUUUGAAAAUGGAGGAGAACAAAAACUGUUUUUUUAUCAGACUCUAACUUGAAGAAACGUAUUUUUGGAUGUUUUGUUUCCUGUUUUCUGAUUCCAGCAGGAAUGUGCAGUGAGAGUCGGUGGCCUUAUGAAUGUGAUGUGGUGACAAAAUUUGGAAAUAAAAGGUUCAAGUGGA